AUGUCUCGUUUGAUAUGUUACAAGAAGUCUACGAGUUCUAGCUUCGGUAUAUGCAUCAUACGCAUUGAAGAGAAGAAGAAGAAGAAGAAGAAGAAGAAGAAGAAGAAGAAGAAGAAGAAGAAGAAGAAGAAGAAGAAGAAGAAGAAGAAGAAGAAGAAGAAGAAGAAGAAGAAGAAGAUAAAGCAGUCAUCUUCAGUGCCUCAAAUCCUCGCGAUAGAAAAUCUUGCUUUCUGCACAUGUAUCAAAUGA